AAUAAACAAGCAUUGCCUUACAUCGUCUUUGUAUCUCAUUAAGGCCACAUCAGUAUUAUAUCUUCAAAUAAGAAAUUGUAGAAAAGCUUUAAAUAUUUGUUAUUGAUUUACACAGAAAUAGCAAAGAUUGCUCGCUAUUAGUAUUUUCAGAAAAAUCAGCAGUGCAAAGACAUCGCAAACAAUAGCAGUCGAGUUGUUUGAACGUGUUACAAAUAGUAUUGACUCGCGGCAGUUUUAUUAGUGUGCUAUAGAGCUUUUCAACCUCGAGGAAGUAUAUAGAAUAAGCUGGUAUCUCCUAAGCAUGCAUUUCACUGCUUUUAUUUCACUGAGAAGGACUUUCCUUUUCGGAUUUUUCUUUUUCAAGUUUGCCUUUAUUUGGAGAAUUGGCCAAGAUGGACAACGUGCAAAGUGUCAAACAAUGGAUCUGUAAGAAGCGGGACACGAACAGGAUCAGAAUUUACAGCAACUGUAAUCAAGAUCAUGUAGACAGCUAUUUGGUCAUUGGAUUGUUAUCUCUGUUGCUUGUAUCGUUUUUGUCAAUUUGGUCCUUCAAUGGAUUUGAUGAGCUUAAAACACCUUUGUGGGAGCAAAAAGCUACCAAGACCUUUACAGAAAAGGGUCUAGAUCCCCUUGGCAAAAGAAAUAUGUCACUUGCCACGAAUAUUGAAGUAGAUCGAACAGAAACUGCUGUAACAACGACGCUCGCGUCGGUAACUACUAAGAGGUCAUGACUAUCAACUUUAUCAACUUCUUUUUCUUCAACACCACUGGCAAGCCCAAUAAACGUCGAUAACGACAAAAAUAAUGGCUUGCAUACCCUUUUGUGGAUGAUAAUCAUAUCAACUUGGAUAUCUUACGGAAGAGUCUUACUUCCAUCAUUCUACUCUAAAGAAUUAACUGUUUAGAAGAAGCAAAAAAUAGAUCAGAAGCAAUUAAGCAAUAGUUAAAGAAAGUAUACAAGUCAUUGUUCGAAGAUGCCUUUGCUUCUGUCACUCACUCGGAUUCUUUUCAAUGUAUAAGAUUUGUUUGCUGAGCUAUCAUAAAAAGCCAACUACAUUUGCUGCCUCUAACAUCCUUAUAAAAUGCAAUACAACGUGC